UUUUCUUUUUCCUUUUUCUGUCAGGCAGAGUGAAGUAAAGACGAUGGAAGACAGAAGCUUAUUGCAGAAUAUUCGCAGGCCUCCCAAACUCAGCACACCUGUCCUAAUAAUCUCAAAACUCUUUGUGACUGUCCUGCCCAUCGCUCAGGUAUCAAUUGGUGCAAUACAUCUGCAUGACUGUCCAAAGCAGCCCUAUAUUCCUAUUUAUCUGCUGGUGUCAGGUGUGUUUGCAUUGGUACUCGGUCUGCUGUCCUGCCUUCCAUGCACUCAGGAGCCAGAAGAUGGCACUCAAACUCCUUUGAGUAGUCUCUGCACUGCCUGGAAUUCACUGGUGUCCCUUUUCCUCUUCUGCUGGUUCAUCGCUGGUAAUGUAUGGAUCUACUCUAUUUACGACAUUAGUGCCGGUGAUUGCAAUAAGACACUGUACCUAUUUGCUUUCUGGACCACCACACUGGUCUACAUAUUGCUGGGCAUCGUCUUCUUAGGAGGUUGCUGUAUGUUAUUCUGCCUGUGUUUGUGUGGAAGGAGUGGAAAUGUGGAUGAUGUAUGAUGGACAGGGCCAACGACAGUCAACAUUAAUAUUCCUAAAAAUAAUACACUUAUGGACUUUAGCAGUUUCUAAAUCUUUUUUUUUUUUUUUUUUUUUUUUUGGCCUUAUUUGAUGUUGUGCCACUUACUCUCUGUAAUUCUGGUGUAUAAUUGUUGGGCACCAGAAGCUUUUGGAUAAGGAAUAUUGCAAGUUUAUUAACUAAACUGGUUUACUGUCUUUUAUAAUGGCAUGUGUCAGAUUUUGCAUUUGAGAAUAUUGUGGAAUGCUGAUUAAAAACAAAAAAGAUGAAUAAAUUGAUAUAAAAUAUCACAUUUCUUAUUA